AUGACUCGAUGCUGUAGAUGCACCAGACUGCACCUGGCAGUGACGGUGUUGAUGUGUGUCCUCAUCUACACUGAGGGAGUGAGUCUGAGCGAUCUGCUGGACCGAGCAGCACAACUCUCCGACAAACUGCACUCACUCAGCACCUCACUCACCAACGACCUGGACUCUCAUUUUCCCUCAGUAGGAGGAAAGUUCAUGAGGCCAUCCAUGUGCCACACCUCGUCCCUGCAGAUCCCCAACGAUAAAGAUCAAGCCCUCAGGAUCCCGGAGAACGAGCUCCUGUCGCUGGUUCGCUCUCUGCUUAUGGCCUGGUCAGAUCCUCUCGCUCUGAUGUCGUCUGAGGCCACCAACCUGCCCCACCCUGAGCGCAACUCCAUCAACACCAAGACCAGAGAGCUGCAGGACCACACCAGCAACCUGGGGGCGGGCCUCGAGCACCUCGUCCGCAAGAUGGGCUCGUCCUCCGGGUCUCUGUCCUCUCUCCCAUUCAACAGUAAUGACCUGGGACAGGAUGACAUCUCUCGCCUGGUCAACUUCCAGUUCCUGCUGUCAUGCUUCCGCAGGGACUCACACAAGAUUGACAGUUUCCUCAAAGUGCUGCGAUGCAGAGCUGCGAAGAUGCUGCCCGAGAUGUGCUGA